AUGGCUUUGCACACGCAACGUCGCUACGCGUGCCUCUUCUCUGUGCGUCUCUCUUGUCUCCGCGUCUUCGCGCCCCUGGCUACGCGUUGCGUGCUACGCAGUGUUCCGCUGGCCUGUGUUGAUCUAGGUCUCACAGGGCCACAAUUGGUAUCCUUGCUCAUCGCCCUGGUGUGCGAAUUGACCAGACGAUUGAACAUUCCCAUCGAGGUUGCAGCAACAAUCGGCGAGGCCGAGGAUGACAACGGCGCAGCUGCCAUGCCAGUUGACGGCACAGCAUCCUCCACUGCACAUCCUUGGAGGGUGACCAUGGAUACCAUCGAUGUGAAGAGCACUGGUGGGACUAACUUCAUCAUUUCUGUUUGGACUGCUGCAUGUAAUACGCAGCAGCCAGUGGACGCAGGAGGAGCUCUGUACACAGGACCGGAUGAAGCCCCUGCACAUUUGGACGUCAAUUUUGAUUCGUUUUUGUUUGACAGUGCUCCCGCUUACAUUGAUGCUGAAAUAGCUGACGAUGGUUUAGUCGCCUCAAGCUUUGCACGUUCAGCGGCUGGAGACACGGUUAUGGACACCAUGUCAAACGACAGAUGCAGGAGCCACAGUGCUAUGCAGAGUGGUGUUGCACGAAUUUUGGACUUGGAGAAGCCACGAUUCAUUUGGGAAGCCCUUGGACUGGAAACUGAAGGCCGACUGAGGCGGCCAUUGCUGUGCAGGUUUGACUCAGACGGCAAACCAUUGGAACAAAACCUUACUGCAUCGGAGAACAGUGAACUCUUGCGUCAAUGCUUGGACAUCAAAACAGAGAGGCGCAGCGUUGCGCGCAGCCAUUCAUGCGAGGUUACAAUUCUUUCAUGGCUGGCCGAAGUUGGCACGGAACUUCACGUCCGACGAUUGGGCGGGCACCACUUGGAUGUCGGGGGAAAGAGUGCUGAAACAUAUGCACGGGACAGCAUGGCCCCGGCAAUGCGUGCUGUUGCACAGGCGGUGGACGCUGUGAUCAAGGGCAUUUUUGCCCCUGACGUCAUCUGGUCAGGGAGAUUUUUGAAGCUACAGCCGAAGCUUGACUUUGCGGCCAACAGCGGAGAGAUCUCAGAUGGCUCGUACGAUUUUCCUUUCAGCGAUGACGAGCGAGUUGGUGGUGACACUGAUGCAACAGCCGCCGACAGCUCCUCAGAUGCAGGAUCAACCUCAUGUGAGACUGUGAAUGAUGCAACAAUGUUGUGGGAGCUGCUGCGUCCUGAGCUCAGGCCGACACUGGUGGUUGUUGGGUCACGUUUGGAGAAGUUCGCGCACUCCUUUUCAUAUGUGGUCCACUUGAAGCACCCAUCAGAGAAAAAGUUCCUGUGCGGACGAGUGUGCAACAACCGAUAUGAAAGCAAAACCUCUGAAGCGUCAGAGGAGUGCCCAAAGUGUGCCACCUGUUUUGGUAGCAAGGAAGCCUUGGUUGCAGAUGACGGCAACACUUAG